GAUCUCUGCAGAGGCGGGGGGGCCUCUAUCACUGCGGACUGAGAUGGUGGGGGGGGGGGGGCCUGGAGAGGAACCAGCGGUUGUGUGGAAGUUGCCACGGGCCCUGCCGGCGUGGAGGGGAGCUCCCACGGCCUCUCCGCCCCCGGGCGGGACCGGCCUCCCCCCCACCGCCUCCUCCGGGCGGGGGAACCCUGCGAGCGGGGCGGGCACGGCGGCGGCGGCGAGGAGCCGGGCACAGAUCCGCUGUCCUGCGGGGGCCCGGGCCGAGCCGAACCGAGCCGUGCUGAACCGGGCCGUGCUGAACCGGGCCGCGCCGAUCAAAACCCAACCGGACCAAACCCAGCCGUGCUGUGCUGAACCGGGCCGGGCCGAACCGCGGCCCCUGCGGAGCCAGACCGGCACUAACGGAACCGGAGCGGGCCGGGCCGGGGUGGGGUGGGCGGCCGCUGUCCGUGGUGCUGAAGGCGGCGCUGCCGCUGUCCGUGGUGCUGAAGGCGGCGCGGCCGCUGUCCGUGGUGCUGCAGGAGCGGCCCGGCCCGGCCCGGCCCCCCCCCCAGCGCCGGCGGCCGGAGCCGGCCCAUGCACCCCGGCCAUGGAGACCCGCGCCGCCGGCUCGGGGGGGGCUGGCUACAACGAGGCCCUGCUGCACAAGACGAUCCUGGUCGGAGACAGCGGCGUGGGGAAGACAUCUCUGCUGGUCCAGUUUGACCAGGGCAAGUUCAUUCCUGGCUCCUUCUCCGCUACCGUGGGCAUUGGGUUUACGAACAAAGUGGUGGCCGUGGACGGCGUGAAGGUGAAGUUGCAGAUCUGGGACACGGCAGGACAGGAACGUUUCCGCAGCGUCACCCAUGCCUACUACAGGGAUGCCCAAGCCCUGCUCCUGCUCUACGAUAUCACCAGCAAGAUGUCCUUCGACAACAUCCGCGCCUGGCUGACAGAGAUCCACGAGUACGCCCAGAAGGACGUGGUCAUCAUGCUGCUGGGCAAUAAGGCUGAUGUGAGCAGCGAGAGGGCCGUGAGGACGGAAGAUGGAGCAUCGCUGGCCAGGGAGUACGGGGUGCCUUUCAUGGAGACGAGUGCCAAGACGGGCAUGAACGUGGAGCUAGCCUUCCUGGCCAUUGCCAAGGAGCUGAAGCAGCGCGCGGUGCAGCCGCCGGACGAGCCCCGCUUCCAGAUCCAUGACUACAUCGAGUCACAGAAGAAGAAAUCAAGCUGCUGUGCCUUCGCCUGAGAGUGGCCGGGAGGAGCUGGCAGCCCCGGGGGUGCAGGCAGGCAGGAGGCAGAAGAGGGGCCCAAUCCUGCCCUUGAGUGCCCGAGGAAACCAGGCUCUGACAAGCCAAGCGUGGACGGGACAAUUCGGCAGAGCGAAGCGUGCACAGGGAGAGCCAUUGCCCUGGCGCCAGGAUCCAGGGGCCAGAUCCUGCUGCCCUGCGGGGCAAUGCCUGGAGCUUACUGUGUGCUACUGGGGGAAUAACCGCGGUGUGAUGACUGCCAGCCUGGCCAGCGAGCCAUUGUGGUGCCUCCAUCACCUGAGCAGGAUACGGCCCCGCAGCUAGCUGAGGGCUCCUGGGAGCGGCUGGAGGGGCUGCGUGUGUGUCAUGGAUGAGCCUUCGUACAGCCGCCGGUCCUCUCCUCCCCUGCAGCCAUCCCCACUCUCGGCACUGCUCUCGUCUGGCUGAAAGGGCCUGAUCCAGCCCCCACGUCCCCGGUGCUGCCAGGCUCUGGCUUCCCUCCAGGGAGCCUCAGCUCUGCUCCCCAGGCUGCCCCACAGCUGAGUCCAGCUGGUGCCCACACUCACCGUGGCUCCUCGCUGCUGCAGUUGCUAAUGUCAGCUUUUAUCCUCCUGCCUCCACGAGGGCAGCGAUGUCCCUGUUGUGUCCUGGUUCUGCCGGAGGGAAGGGCCAGGAUGGGGAAGCGUCCAGCCAAGCCUGCUCCCUGCCUGCGCAGCUGACGUGAGAAAUAAAACUCCCCCUGGAGCACCCGAGCGAUGCUUGGGGCAGUUCUAGUACACACGGCAAUUUGGAAGAAACUUUAUUUCCCCCUCUUGUAGCCACAGGAAUUAGAGACUUUUCUUUUUUUUUAACAAGAAAAGCCUUUUUGUUUUCAAUCCCUCCAGACAAAACCAUCUCCGGUCUCACGCAGGCUGGAGCUGGUGGGGUGGAGGUGCCCGUGGUGGUCUGGGGCUGCUGUGCCUGCCGGCUCCCAGGGUGGGCUGGGUUUCUGUCCCAUCACUGCACAUGUCAUACAACUGUUUCUUCCUGCCACUGGCAAAUAGCAGCUGAAACCCACUCUCUGGAGAGCAGAUGCCUGAGAUGCUUCAGCCAGCAAAUGCUGCUACACAGGGCACAAGGUACAAGGCUUGGGCCCUGCGUUGCUGCACAUCCCCGGUGCUCAGCCUGGACCUGCCGACCCCUCCAGCACGCUGCUGGCUCCCCUGACCGCUACGUAGGGUGGUGAGAUGGUGAAUAUUUGGUUAUAUAGCUGAAGAGUUGAUGCGAAGGGCAGCUGUGGAGGGCAUGGCACUUUUGCACAUUGGAGUCGGAGACUGUCCGGCACAUCCAUCCCCGCCAGCAUCUUCCCUGGCCCUGCGCCCCAGCUGCUCGUCUCUCACCUGCCCCCGUCCCUCCUUCGCCUCUGCUCUGCUCCUGGGUCUUUCUUUGCAAGUUUACAGAUUAAAGCUGGGUAUUUUCAAGGCUUUGCA